GAUUGGCAGGCGGCAGCGGGUGCGCGGCGGCGGCCGAGCCGUUUGUUUUGCUCCCGGCGGCGGCGGCGGCGGCGGGGAACGAUCGGCACCGCCCCAACCCCCCCCCUCCCCCCUCCCUCCCCCGGUCCCCCCCCCUCCCUCCCUCCCCUCCCGGGGCCGCCGGAAGGAGCCCGGCAAUGUGGCGGCGGCGGCCCUGAGCCCUCCCCCCUCGGCCCGGCCGCCAUGGAGCCGCGGCGGUGACAGCCCCGGAGCGCAGCCCGCCGCCGCCCGCCGCCAUGGAUGAACAAGAGGCCUUGAACUCCAUCAUGAAGGACCUGGUAGCACUCCAGAUGAGCCGACGGCACAGGCUGACUGGAUUUGAUACCAUGAAGAACAAAGACACCACUCACUCCAACAAACAGAAAAAACACAAUGCCAGCAGUCCACCCCUCUUGGGCAGCCCUGCAAUAACAAACCAGUGUGCCUCUGCAGUGGAAGAAAAAAAAAUUCCGAAUGAUGUAAGGAUAAAGUUUGAAUAUAACGGAGAAAGGCGAAUAAUCCCAUUUGUCCGUCCUGUGCGCUAUGAAGAUGUGCAACAGAAAGUGAAAACAGCCUUUGGCCAGCCCCUGGACCUCCACUACAUGAACAAUGAGCUAUCGAUUCCUCUGAAAAACCAAGAUGACCUGGAUAAAGCAGUAGAUCUCUUAGACCGAAGCUCUAAUGUGAAAAGCCUUAGAAUAUUACUGUUGUCUCAGGACAGAAACCAUACAAGUUCUUCACCCCAUUCUGGACUGCCCAAACAAGUCAGGAUUAAAACCUCCCAAUCUGUGGGGGAUGUGAACACACCCUAUCAGCAGCCAGAACCCAGAAGUAGGCAUCUGUCUGUCAGUUCCCAGAACACAGGCCGAAGUUCACCACCCCCUGGGUACGUUCCAGAGAGGCAGCAGCGCAUUGCUCGGCAGGGUUCCUACACCAGCAUCAAUAGCGAAGGCGAAUUCAUCCCAGAAACCAAUGAACAGUGUAUGCUGGACCCUUUAAGCAGUGCUGAGAACUCGGUGUCAGGAAGCUGUCAGUCCUUGGACAGGUCAGCAGACAGUCCUUCUUUUCGGAAGUCACGGAUGUCAAGGGCACAAAGCUUUCCUGAUAAUAGACAGGAGUUCUCAGACCGCGAGAAUCAGAUCUACGACAAAGCCGGGAAAGGUGGAACCUACCCUCGGCGCUACAACGUCUCCAUGCAGCACAAAGACUACAAUGACGGUCGGAGGACGUUUCCCCGGAUACGGCGUCACCAAGGGAAUCUUUUCACUUUGGUGCCUUCAAGUCGUUCCUUAAGCACUAACGGGGAAAACCUGGGCCUGGCAUUGCAGUACCUGGACCCCCGGGGGCGCCUGCGGAGUGCCGACAGUGAAAAUGCCCUCGCUGUGCAGGAGAGGAACAUUCCCACUAAAUCUCCGAGUGCUCCUAUAAACUGGCGACGAGGAAAACUGCUGGGCCAGGGUGCCUUUGGCCGUGUGUAUUUGUGCUACGAUGUGGACACGGGCAGAGAGCUCGCAGCUAAGCAGGUCCAGUUUGACCCAGAGAGUCCUGAAACGAGCAAGGAAGUGAGCGCCCUGGAGUGUGAAAUUCAGCUGCUGAAGAAUCUCCAGCACGAGCGUAUUGUUCAGUAUUACGGCUGCCUACGGGAUCGGGCAGAGAAGACCUUGACCAUCUUCAUGGAGUACAUGCCAGGGGGGUCAGUGAAAGACCAGCUGAAGGCAUAUGGUGCUCUCACGGAAAAUGUAACCCGGAAAUACACUCGCCAGAUUCUCGAAGGAGUCUCGUACCUUCACAGCAACAUGAUUGUGCACAGGGACAUAAAGGGAGCCAAUAUUCUCCGUGACUCUGCUGGGAAUGUGAAGCUUGGGGACUUUGGGGCCAGCAAACGGCUGCAGACAAUCUGUAUGUCUGGAACAGGCAUCCGCUCUGUCACUGGCACACCGUACUGGAUGAGCCCAGAGGUGAUCAGCGGAGAGGGCUAUGGAAGAAAAGCAGACGUAUGGAGCCUCGCUUGUACCGUUGUGGAAAUGCUGACAGAGAAACCACCCUGGGCAGAGUACGAAGCCAUGGCAGCCAUUUUCAAAAUUGCCACCCAGCCAACCAACCCCCAGCUCCCUUCCCACAUAUCAGAACAUUGCCGGGACUUUCUAAAGCAAAUCUUUGUGGAAGCCAGGCACAGACCCUCUGCUGAAGAGCUGCUCAGACACCAGUUUGCACAGCUCCAGUACUGAAUUACCUCCCUCGCUCGCAGCUCCUGCUGGGCUUUCGGUGCCCCGCCUGGUCUAGUUGCAACUGCCCAUCGUGGUGCUGCAUCUUCAAAAUGCCAACUCAGCUGUCCUAGUCCUUUGGGGAAUUCAUGCCAGGGAACCUAGGGUCUGCCCUCGUGCCUGAUACCUUUGUUUGCUGGACUAAUGUUUGUUCUACCGACAGCUGUCUGAACAGAGCUGCAUUUUUGCCCUAGUUACCUUGAUGUGAAGCUGUAGCUGGCUGCAUGUUUUCUGCAGGCCCAAGAAUGGGAAUCUACGAAGUGUCUCGCCGGUUGAACCUAGAAGAAAUCUGAACCAAAGUGGGAACUGGAAGAGCUACACUAUUCAGAAACGUGCAAUGGCUACCCAGACCAGCUUUCUCCAAGUGGCUACUCGUGAUGGUCACUGCUUUCCAGACUUCUAGGGCUUUAGAGCCAUCUAUAGUACAUGAAUCCAGCAAAAAGCCAUGUGUCAUUGAGCAUGCGCUCACUAUAUUAUAUAUUUUUCUUCUUAAGUAUUCAGCAUCUGAAGGUGUUCAGAAAAUAUUGAUUCAAAUGUAUGUGAAUAGUGUUAUUUUAUAAUGAAACCAUGGAUUUGGGGGUGGGGGUGGGGGAGGUCUUUCUAGCUAAAUGUCAGGAUAAUCAGAAAAGUUUCAGCAGAAUGCAAUCACUCUAGAGUCUAGGAUAAGGGCUCUCCCACUGACGUUAGAAAAAUCCAGAGCUUGAUUUCCAAGGCUUGAUCUGUCCUAGCAUUAAGACAGUGAUGGUUAGCUUGUGUCCUCAUAGCUAAAAGAUCCAUCUUUUGGUUCAUCUCCCUGAGACUGUUGGGUGUAAACAAAUCCCUUCUGGAAGGGAGUUGUGCAGAACAGCUUCGUGUUGUACCUAUCUUUUGGCUGAUAACUUUUUACCAUCCCUUAAACCAAAGAUAGUUUACCUGGUGCCCAGGAAUUUAGUUCAGGAAAAGCUUACGAGUUUCUUUGAUGGCCUGGCCUGAUGGAAAAUUCAGAAAAUAGGAUUCUGUUUUUACAUGGGGAGAAUUUGCUGGAGACUCGUUUUACUUGUGCACAGUAAGCUAGAGUCAAGCUCAACCCUUCAGCGAGUGUUUUGUUUUGCAGGUAUGCAAGUGUUCAUUUAAGGUUUCCAUAAAAUAUUUUGGUCCUAUUUAAAUAAGCUUU